AUGGGCGUGCAGGACCGGCCCCAGUGCUUCUUCGAGGUCGAAAUCAACCGGGAACCAGUUGGUCGAAUUAUGUUUCAGCUCUUCUCAGACAUAUGUCCGAAGACUUGCAAAAAUUUCCUUUGCUUGUGCUCGGGUGAAAAAGGAAUUGGGAAAACAACUGGAAAGAAGCUGUGUUACAAAGGCACCACAUUCCAUCGUGUGGUUAAAAACUUCAUGAUUCAGGGUGGGGACUUCAGCGAAGGUAAUGGAAAAGGAGGUGAAUCAAUUUAUGGUGGCUAUUUUAAAGAUGAAAACUUUAUUCUCAAACAUGACAGAGCGUUCCUUUUGUCAAUGGCAAACCGAGGGAAACAUACCAAUGGUUCCCAAUUUUUCAUAACAACAAAACCUGCUCCUCAUCUCGAUGGUGUACACGUUGUCUUUGGACUGGUUAUUUCUGGUUUUGAAGUAAUAGAACAAAUAGAAAAUCUGAAAACUGACACUGCAAGUAGGCCCUAUGCAGAUGUACGAGUUAUUGACUGUGGGGUGCUUGUUACAAAAUCAGCAAAGGAUGCUUUGGAGAAGAAGAAGAAAGUAAGUUCUGACUCAGAAGCUUCAGCCUCCUCCUCCUCCAGUGCAUCGAGCUCUUCAGAAACUUCAUCUGAAAGUGAAGCUGAGAAUGAGAGAAGCAGAAGAAGGAAACGUAAGAGAAGAGCUAAAACCAAACAAUCAAGAAAACGGAGGAAGGAAGAGAGAAAGAAGGAGGAUCCAAGGUGCAAGAGAAUCUCAAACCAAAGACGCAGCCUUUCUGACAAGAGUGACAUAACAGAGAAAGCAGCCGACGUUAGCACCAAGAGGGACAAACCUGUGGUACGUCCUGAAGAAAUUCCUCCAGUGCCUGAAAAUAGAUUUUUGCUAAGAAGAGAUGUGCCUGUUGUCAAUGUAGAACCUGAACCGAAGCUUCUUGAUGCUACACCAGCUCUGACUGACCAAAAACCAUCAGUCUCCAAAUCUGGACGAAAAAUUAAAGGAAGAGGCACAAUAAGGUAUCACACCCCACCUCGGUCACGAUCGUGUUCAGAAUCUGAUGAUGAUGAGAGCAGUGAGACCCCUCCUCACUGGAAGGAGGAAAUGCAGAGGUUACGGACAUACAGACCACCCAGUGGAGAGAAGUGGAGUAAAGGAGAUAAGUUGAGUGACCCAUGUACAAGCAGAUGGGAUGAAAGAAGUGCAUCCCGGAGAUCAAGGUCUUGGUCACAUAACGGUUAUUCUGAUCUAAGUACUGCCAGAUAUUCUAGCCAUCACAAAAAGCACAGGAAAGAGAAAAAGAAGGUGAAACACAAAAAGAAAUCUAAAAAGCAGAAACAUUUCAAGAAACACAAGCAAACGAAAAAAAAGAAAACAUCAGCCUCAUCAGAUGUAGAAUCCUCUCAUUCCUUCCUUAGGAGGAGAAAAUCAUCUUGUGAUCAUGAGAGGAAAUCUCGUUCUUCUUCACUGUCUUCUAGACAUUCAUCCAAAAGAGACUGGUCUAAAUCUGAUAAGGAAGAUCAGAGCUCAUCAACCUUAUCAAGCAGAGGGACUCGAUCAUACUACAGGUCCAGGUCCAGAUCCAGAUCUAGGUCUAAAUCAAGAUCUUAUUCCCGGAAAAGUUCUAGAUCAAGAUCAGCUUCUAAAUCGUCACGUUCUCGAAGUAGGUCAAGGUCAAGUUCUAACCCUAGGCAUCAAAAGACAGUUUCCAAUUCUCCACGCAAGGUUUCAACACGGUUAAAUGAAAAUAAGCUGAACAAGACUGCUGAGCCUCUAAGAGCAGUUAUACUCCCAAGUGAAAAAGUUGUCAUACCACCACCAGUUGUCCCGGAAAACCUCCCUGUUAUUCCCUUAAGUGAUAGUCCACCUCCUUCAAGGUGGAAACCUGGGCAGAAACCAUGGAAGCCAUCUUAUGAACGAAUUCAGGAAAUGAAAGCAAAAACGACCCAUUUAAUACCCACACAAGCUAAUUACAGUUUAGUGGUCAUUAAAGAGGCAAAUGCUUCUUCCUCAUGUCGCACGCGACAGAGGAGUUCAGAGAGCGACCGAAGCGGUUAUUCCAAAUACCGUAGCGACAGAAGCUCAGAGAGUUGGCCCAGAUCAAGAAGCAGAUCCUCUCAAAGUAGGUCAUACUCAAGAUCUUAUACAAGAUCUAGAAGUCCAUCAAGCUCUAGGACAAAGUCCCAUUCUUCUGGCAGGUCACCAUCACCAAACAAAUACCUCAGCGACAGGUCAGGUUAUAGCGAGUCAACGACUUAUUAUUCCCUCAGUGAUGAUGAUAGGCACAGAAACAAAAGGAAGUCCACAUCAAGUGAUCAAAAAGCUGGGUCUCUGAAGCUGAGGCAAGAAACAAGCUCUGAAAGUACUCUCCCUUAUAAGUGUACAAAAGAGUACGAUGAGUCUUCUCAAGGAUUGAAAGAGAGUGACAGUUUAUCAUCUUCAGACUUCUCUACCGACAGCGAGCGUUCUCCCAAAGUGAAAGGAGUCCAAGAAAAAGAAGGUCGUUUUCAAUUAGGUGGAGAUAUUCAGAAAGAGGAUAAAAAUAGCUUAAGUUCUGAGAGAGGGGAGGAGAAGCCCCAGUGUGAGCGGGGUUCUGAUCAUGCUAAAAAGAAAGCGGCCAAGGAGAAAUCUUCUGAGCAGCCUAGAGGUGGUGCAAAAACUAAACGAAAAUCCUAUUCAGGUAGUAAAUGGGACUCAGAAUCGAAUUCUGAAAGAGGGGAGGCAAGGCUUAAUAGGGCAGAUUCCAGACCUUCCUCUAGUAAAGAAGAAGGAGAAGCCACAUCAGGAUCUGACACAGAGCUCAGUGUUACUAAAAGGAUAAAAAAAUCAAAUUCUUCAGGUUUUCUGGAUUCUGAUUGCACGUGGAAGACUAGCAAACACUUGUCAUCUUCUGAAUCUGAGAGUUGUUCUUCUAGCUCAACAAAUGUGAGAGGAAAGUCCAAAAAACACAAACAUGGAUCAAAAAAAACUCUCAAAAAAUCACAUUCCAAAAAAGCAAAAGAAAAAUCCAAAGGGAAAAAUGAGAAGAAACACAAAGUUCAGAAAAGAAAAGAAAUGUUUCAUUGGCAGCCCCCCUUGGAGUUUGGUGAAGAGGAUGAUGAUGAUGAGAUAAAUGAAAAGCCAGUUACGAAGGAUGAUAAAAAAGAAAAGCAGCUUAUCGUGGACAUAAAGGAUAAACAGGUUCAUGAAAAGGAUGAAAUGGUUAAAGAUAAAAUGGGAAACAGUGAAAAGCCCAGUGUGGAUGAAAACCUUUUAGGUAAAAGCACUACAUGUGAUGCCUCACCAGAUCAUAGCAGCCUGAAUAAAGAUAGCCUUGAAACAAAUGCUUCAACCAGUAUUGUAAACUCAGGAAUAAAUGUCACCCCUUGCAAGAACGAGAUGAAACAAGCUGAAGAAAGUAACCAGAAUGGAUUGGAAGAUGUUAUUCAGACAGAUGACAACAUGGAGAUUUGUACUCCAGAUCGUAACUCGCCAGGGAAGGUUGACGUGGACAUUUUGUCUCCUGUCAUUCUCACUGCUAAACCUCAGGCUUUAAGUGCUAGUAUAAACAAAGAUUUACAGCAUGAAACCCCCGAACAAGAUGCUGUCAAACUAGGAAACAAUUUUAUAGAUAUUCUUACUAUUAGAGAAGAAAAAGAAAUGGGAAGGCAAGAAAAUAACUCUGUCCCCAUGUCUAGUGCUAAAGACUGUAGUUCAAAAAGUGAAUUUACUGAAAACCCACAAAGCAAUAUGAUAGAUAACAAAUGGAAGCCUUUGCAGGGCAUUGGUAAUCUACCACCAGCCUCAGUUAGUGCUGCCACAGAAGUUAAAAAUGCAGCUUCAGCACCAGAGCCUAAACCAGCAGGUUUAAGAAUUGAAAUAAAAGCUAAAAAUAAAGUAAGGCCUGGAUCUCUGUUUGAUGAGGUUAGAAAAACAGCAAGGCUAAAUCGAAGGCCAAGGAACCAAGAAAGCUCCAGUGAGGAAGAAUCUCCAAGCAGAGAUGACAGCAGCCCGUCCAGGAGUCUCAGCAGGUCACGAAGUAAAUCUGAAUCUAAAUCCAGGCACAGAACAAGGUCCCUGUCUUACAGUCACUCAAGAAGUCGAUCCCGAAGUUCUACAUCUUCCUACAGGUCAAGAAGCUCUACAAGAAGCCGAAGCAGAGGGUGGUACAGUCGAGACUGGUCCAGAAGUCGAAGUAGUUCUUACCACAGUUACAAGAGUCGCAGUCGAACCUACAGUAGAAGUAGAUCCAGAAGUAGCUCUUACGGUCAUCACAGUCGAUCCAGUAGGUCAUACACGUAUGAUAGUUAUUACAGCAGAAGUCGCAGCAGAAGUAAAAGGAGUGACAGUUAUCGAAGGUCUAGAAGUUAUGACAGGAGAUACAGAUCUUACGGCUCUGACAGCGAAAGUGAUCGCAGUUACUCUAACACCAGUCCCAGUGGAAGCAGCAGAUACCGCUGA